AUGCGUGCUUUUACCACCUUCUUCACCCUUCUUCUCGCUCUCCUCUUUACCUCUCAAGUUGUCGCAGGCCCUGUUCUAGAGGCUCGUCAGAACUCUAGCAGCUCCACUGCUGCCACAUCCUCGUCUUCAAAGUCUUCUAGUACUUCGCCAUCUUCGUCUGCUUCUGCAAGCACUGGCGGUGGCUACCCAGCUGGUGUUGGAACCGGCUCAUCUGGCUCCGGCGAGGGCUCUUCAGGACAGAACAGCAACAGCAACCCUAGUCAGAAUGCUGCUGCAGCAAGAUAUGCUGUUCCCGGAAGCGUGCUGAGCGUUGGAAGCUUCGCUGCUGUGCUCCUUGCGAUGGGUCGGGGGAAAGAGUAG